UCAUUUUUCUCUUUAGAAUAGAAAAUAUAUAAACUUGUUUCGCGUUAUUCGGCAAAGAUGAAUUUUCUGCUGUUGGUGAUUCUUGCCAUCUCAACUCAUCUGGCGCAAGCCCACCUGAGAUUAACUGCUCAAGAAGAAGAGGCCAACUUUGUGGUUUUUGUGGAAGUCGGGAUGACAGCAAAUCCAACCUUGGCUGAGGGCGAUGGAGACUAUUUCACAGCAUAUCUUGGGGUUCUCCUGUCACUCAAGUAUUGCAUAGUGCAGUCCUACCUCCAAUGGCUGGAGGACAACGACUACAUUCCCGUCUGUGAACUUUGCAAAAAAGGAUUGAACGCUGCUGGAUGCAUCCGUCUCAUUUGCUAUCACGUUUUCCAUCAGCAUUGUUUGCAUGAAAUGGGGAAGCAGGUGACUGCGAAGGAAGGAACGCCGAGUGAAGCCAGUUUCUGUUGUCCGACUUGUGGGAAGAGCUUGUUUCCCCCGACGAACAUGGUUUCGCCGGUUGCUGACAACCUGAAAGAUGUCCUGAUGAAAGCCAAUUGGGCCCGGAAUAUCAUGGGACUUCCAGAGUUGGCGGAUGUGGGAGAUUCCGGAAUGACCUUUUCGCGUCCAGAGCCUCUAGGAUCUCCGAGUAUAAACGAAGAUGUGGAGACGCAUGGCGGCAAGCAGAGAUUCAGUGCGCAUUCCGUUGCUUCUUCGGGCGUGGAGAAGCCUCAGCACCAUCGCGAACCUUUACAUGCAGGCGCAUCAGUUCGGAGACAAGUUGAUGUGGACAGUGGCUCUGCGGGACAUUCCAGGACUGUGAAUAUGUACGAGGACGAAGUGGCGGAUAAAUACAAGUUUAGAAGACCGAGAUUCGAAUCGAUUUUGAGAUGGUGGUCUGAUCUAGUGCGACCAUCGCCGAGAUUGAUGCGGAAUCCGAAUUACCGAACCCGACGGAUCGUAACGUUUGUGAUCAUGGGCGCCCUGGCCCUGUUUCUGCUCCUCACGGCCAUGUCGUGGCUGGGCGGUGUUCCCGACGACGACCCCGCCUUUGACGAGCACAACAACCCCUAUGUUCACACGGAGUAAAUUCAAUUGCCCUCCCUCCUCUGAAGGGUAUAUAUUCUCGAAGCUGUGGCUGAACGGGGGUUUAAAAAAAACAGAAUGAACAUUGUGAGAGGGGGGUGGUCUCUCUCUCUCUCUCGCAAAAUCUUGGAGUGUCGGGAUUUAGGUUUAGCAUUUUUCUUUCUGUCCUUUUGCGUGGAUUUUUUUUUUUUUUUGAGAGUUUGGCGGCGAUUUGAAUGUGUCGCCGGCAGGCGUAUCAACCGACUCCCUGCGCGACAUGAAGGGGUAUUUUCAAAAGUUUGGAGGAUUGAUCACGAAAUUUAAAUCCGGUCGUUUUCAGCAAAGGGGUUUAUUUUGUAUCCAAGCUUCUUCAUCAUUUCCAGCUUCGUUCUAUUGUUUCCCAACCACAUAUAACAAAAAUCCGACGCACUUCUAAAAAUAAUGUGAUCCUGUCCGUCGUUUUUUUUUUUCUUUUUAAGAUAACCGAUGAACCUCUGCAGAGUUACACAAAAAAAAGAACGGCAAGUUUUUAAGUUGAAAUUCGUCUGCAAGCUUAUUUUAAUUUUGGCGUUUUUUUGCGUAGGCGGAUCUUCAAGUCCCUUUUUGGUGUAUGUAAAAGAUCAUAAACUGCGUUAUUUUUGGGCUUCCCGUGAAAUUCCCCAGGUACAUUACUGAACUGCGUUUUAAUUUUGAUUGAGUCAGUCCCCAAGGGGGGAGACACCAGACCCCUGGUAUAUAUGGUCAGUCUGA